AUGUCAGCUAAACCUGGUAAAAAUAAGAGAAAUAAAGGUGUAUGGACUGAUGAAGAGAAAGCCAUGUUUCUUAAAGGGCUUGAAAUAUUUGGAAGAAGUUGGGUGAAGAUUUCAGAAUUGAUACCCUCCAGAACAAGUUUACAAGUCAAAAAUUAUGCUCAACAACAUUUUAAGAACCUUGUAAAUGUCAUGUUUGAAACAGAACUGCACAAUAAUCUUCUUAGCAGUAUGUUGAUACAAAAUACUAUCUCAAACUCAAAAGAGUGUGAACCAGACACUUCGAAACAAAUGCCUACAACCAUACUUACUGAACACAAUUAUCAAUCUCAUUCUAUGGAAGAUAAAAGACCUACCGAUCUUGACUUUGUAAGUGGUGAGCAGACGUCAAAUAGUGAUAGUGAAGAAUUGGACAUUGACAUUGAAAAUGAUGAUGUAGAGAAUCCUGUUUUGUUAACUAGAUCAACAUCACCGACAUCAGUUUACGAAAAACUGCUCAAAUCAGCUAAAGUUAAUUUACGUGAUAGUGAGUCUGACAGUGAACAAAGUGAUAAAGAUGAGGAAGAACCUCAAUCUAUAAAUUUGCCUGUUCGUUCUAGUCUUCAAGCAAAUGAGUUUUCUGGGAAAAUUUUGCCAAAAGAUGAAACAGAAAUCAGUCAUAAAAAUCAGGAUGAUGUUAGUAAAUAUGUCAUCGAUAAUGAUACAGUCAAUGGUGUGACGUCAUCAUCUGGUGAAUUGGUAGAAUUUCCAAUACCAACUGCACCAAUCACUUUAAACUUUGAUGAAAUUAGUGAAGAAGAGCAGACUAUACAUUCAGAAUUUUUUGAUGGAAGAAUUGCUAAAACACCAGAUCGUUACUUGAAAAUUAGAAAUCACAUAAUAGAAACCUGGUAUAAAUGUAGACCUGUAUAUUUAAAUAAAACAGCAGUAAGAAGAGGAUUAAAGAAUUGUGGAGAUGUUAACUGUAUUGGUAGAAUACAUAGUUAUUUAGAAUGUAUUGGUGUUAUUAAUUUUGGGUGUGAACUGGCAUUAUAUAACAAUUUAAAUAAAACUCAGAUAGUUAAUAUAAAAAGUGAAUCACCUGUUUAUAAUGUACAACACAAUAAUAUAGAUAAACAGGAUUUAAGAUGUAGAAAAAGAAGAAUAAGAGAUGGAAUGGGUGAAUGGAUAGAUAUUAAGGAUUCAGAAGGAAAGACUAUUGAGCAUAAAGAUUUUUCAGAGGAAGACUUGAAACCAAAAGUCAUAAAAGUUUUUAAAACCAGCUAUGAUCCCUUUAAAUUGAUUCCUUGUCAAAAAUUUACUGAGGAUAAAAAGGCACCAUUUAAUGUUGAAGUCAACAAUUCCCCACUGAUUGUAAUGGAUGUGCAUGCCCAUAUCUCUAAGACUGAGGUAAUAGGAAUGUUGGGAGGGAGGUAUGAUACUGACUGUGGUAAAUUAGAAAUAUUGGUUGCUGUACCAUGUACUAGUUUGAGUACUGGAAUGCAGUGUGAAAUGGAUCCAGUAUCUCAAACUCAAGCUAGUGAAGAAAUUUCUAAUAAAGGGUUGAAAGUUGUUGGAUGGUAUCAUUCUCAUCCUACCUUCUCACCUAAUCCUUCUAUUAGAGAUAUUGAAACACAGAUCAAAUUUCAGGAUUGGUUUAGUAAACUUGGUGGUAAUCAUUUUGUUGGUAUAAUAGUCAGUCCCUAUAAUAGAAAUAAUCAGGGUUAUUUGUCAGAAGUUAACUGUUUAACUAUUAGUCAAGAUAUUUGUCCCCAAUUACACUGUAAUAUACCAUAUGAAUUUGAUUAUAAGGUGGUAUAUUCUAUAUGGAAUAAAGAUAUAGUGAAAAGUAUUAGAUUAUUAGCUGAAGAUUAUUUAACAAGUUAUAACCAUAUUAAACUAUCAGUAUUAUAUAAACAGUCAACUGGAAUUACUUGUUUACAAAAGGUAAAUCUGUAUGUUAGGAUAUGCUAA